AUGGAUGCCUUACAUAAUUCAUCGAGUGAAAGUGAUCCAAAACAAGUUCUGACAUCCAAAGAAUGUGAACCAACCAAUUUUAGAAAUAACUCUCACUCUGUCAGAAUACUAGAAGAUUUGCAAUCUCUACGCAAAAAUGAAGUAUUAUGUGAUAUUAGAUUUGAAACAGACGAUGGAUGUACAACGUUUGGCCAUAAAAAUGUUUUAAUGGCAGCUAGUCCAUAUUUCCGUGCAAUGUUCAAAACGCGGAAAAUUGGAAAAACCGGCAACAACACCGUCAAUAUAAGAAAAUUAGAUUCCACUGUCUUACAACUAUUAUUAGAUUAUAUUUAUACCGGUGAAAUUAUCGUCACAAAAGAAAAUGUACAGGUCUUGUUACCAGCCGCAAGUCUCUUACAAUUAGAUUUUGUAAAUGACUCGUGUGUUGAGUUUUUACAAAAACAACUGGAUCCAUUAAAUUGUAUUGAUAUCAGAGCGUUUGCUGACUUACAGAACUGUACGGAAUUGUUAUCAAGUUGUGAAGCGUUCAUUAAAAAACAUUUUUUAGAAGUGGUUAAAAGUGAUGAUUUUCUAUCUUUAUCUUCUGAUGAUGUGGUAAAGAUUAUCUCCUGUGAUGAUCUUGCUGUUCCAUAUGAAGAAAAAGUAAAUAAACUGCAAUAUUAG